AUGGAGAAGAGAGAACGGUACCACAGCAGCGACGACGACACAGACUCGGACGAAGAGGCCAACAGCGGAGAGGGAACGAGACUGCGCCCUCUCGGUGGUGGUGGUGGUGGUGUCCAGGGGAGCGAGGAGGAAGAGGAAGAGGGUAGAAGGAGCCGGCGGUCGUCCUCCUACUCGCGGCCGAGUAGGAAGAGUUUAGACGGAGGGGGCCGCCACCCCGCGCAGCUGGAGCAAGACGACGAUGAAGUGUUCAUCACCGACGGCGCAGUUUCGGGGCCGAUUGGCGGAGGCUGGCGAAGCUGGGGUGCCGCGCGAAAGAGCGAGCUGGCCCUGUGGGCCUUCUUCGUGCUCGUGGGCGCACUCAUCCUCCUGGCCGGCACCUUCCUCGUCCUCCACAACGCCACCCGAGCCUCCAGGCACCCCGACCUGGUGUACCCUCAUGGGCGCCUGUUCGUAUACCAGACGCAGGCAUUGACGUUGCCCGAGUUCGUGCUGGCCAACGUAAGCCGACCAGAGCCGGGCCGGGCUCUGGCCCUCCACCAGGUGCGGCUGCAGCUCGUGGACGAGGCGGGCAGGGCUGUCCCGCUCGAGCAGGUGUACCGCUCCUACAUGGUCCUCUCGGCCUCUGCCGAUGACCACGACAGCACCAACAGCAGCAGCAGCACGCACGGCGAGGGCCGGGUCCUGGUCGCCCUGGGACCCGAGGGGUCGAAGGAGUCUGUGCGCCUCCCGCAGGGCUACUACAUACACUCCCCCGAGGGCGAGCGCUGGUCGCUCCGCUGCAGGCUGUACAGCAGUUGGGGACAGGUGGCCGGAGCCAAUCUCACCGUCGCCGUUCUCCUCAACAUCACUUAUUCCCCCCUGGCCACUGCCAUCAAGGAGGAGAUGCAAGAGCACACUGUGUCUGACGAGGAGGGCCUGACGCUGGUCAUCCAAGAUGCCACGUCAGCACAGUGGUCCUACGACGUGGAGUGGAGUCCAUCACAGGCCGAGCAGGUCAUUCUGGCCUAUGGUUUCACGCAGAUCGGGGCACUGUCAAGCCAGCUGCUGGAGGUGAGCACCUCCGGGGCAGAGGAGUCAGAGAGCCAGCUCAUGGAGCUGCAGGUGACCUACGAGAAGAGCGGCCUCAUUGCCGCCAUGGACCGCCAGUACCCGACAAGCCUGGUCCUUCGCCCGGGCGCGAAGCUGCGCAUCCGCAGCUCAUUCGCCAACCGCCCCUUCGGGCGGGUCUUCUUCUACUGGCAGCUGUACCUCCACGCCCGCUGA